GCCAAAAAUACCACAGCCCCACAUUCAACUGUUUUUUUUUGUCCCGUUCGCAACUUGUUCUCUUGACAUCAGGUUUUGUUCGCUGCUCGUUGCUGCAGCUGCAUUCUUUCUCGCUCCCACCCCGGCCCCUGAAGGCCCCUGGACACCCUGCACACCCUGCACCUGUGCGUUCUUGAGGUGCAACAGAGAGAGAGGCACUUGCCACGCUUGACUUGCAGCAGGUCUGCAAGCGACGCGGAAAUGCCACAAGGAGGCACCUCCAUUGCCGCCGAUAGCCACCAGUUCCAGUCCCGAUAAGGCGACGAUAGACCCGAAUAAACAGCUAUAGAUAGCUGAAGCGACAGAUAGCGACGACGACGGGACGGCGGAACUAUUUAUUAUUCAAAUUCUGAAUGGAAUGACGAUGUGAUGGGCUCGUGCUCGUGUACGCGGCGACACUUUUUGCUGUCAAUAUGCUUCCUGCAAAUGAUAACGAUCAUCGAGCGCCAGGUAUUCGACUUCCUCGGGUACAUGUGGGCGCCCAUCCUGGUGAACUUCUUCCACAUUCUGUUCAUCAUAUUCGGGUUCUACGGCGCCUACCACUUUCGCGUUAAAUACAUCAUCACCUAUCUAAUAUGGAACUUCCUGUGGAUCGGCUGGAACGCCUUCCUCAUCUGCUUCUACUUGAAUGUGGGGCAGUUGGACAGGGACAGUCACCUGCUCAACCUGGGCACCGGCAGCGUCUCCUGGUUCGAGGCGAACGGAUACGGCUGCAAGCCCACCUACAACAUGACUGCCGACGAUCCAAUCCGGCCGGAGCGCGUCGAUGGCUGCCUGCUGGACUACCCGCUGGUGGAGGUCACCCACUCGGGGGUGCAGUGCGCCCUGGCGCUGCUGGGCAUACUCGGUGCGAUUCUGAUCAGUUGCAUAUUUCUCGACGAGGACGACAGAUUCGAUUUCAUGAACGGCGACGCGAAGAGUCCACAGCACACCGUGGUGCACCCAAUGUACGUGAGCUAUACAAGUAUACCCACAACAUCCGCAAGCGCCACCAUGCAAUCAAACAAGCAUCUGCAGCUACAGCAGCAGCAGCAGCAGAACUCACUGAAACUCUAUCAUCAUCAGCAACAGCAACAGCCAAACCAACCCAAACUGCACCACUUCAACAAGAACUACCAGUUGAGCGGCAGCAACAAUAAUACACUCGACAAUAAUCUCCACCAGCCGCGAGACACAACAAAUAACCACAGCGCAUCAUUCCAACCGCCCCACAAUCAGUUCAGCCACCUAACCCAGGGGAGCAACUGCAGCAGUCUGCGCCGCCAGCGGCACAACCAUUCCCACAAGAUUGGUCAGCCCCCCGUCAGCCCCAGCCCCAUGUCCCCCCAGACCACUCCCUCGCUCUCGUACGCCUCGCUGCAGAACUCGAAUCCCUACCUGGCCGGAGGCCACUCGCUGAGCAACAGCAACUACAGCAUCUUCCAGAGCCCCGACUCGCUCCAGGGCAGCUCCCACUUCGCCCGCAUCCACCACAAGCCCAAGCCGCCCAAGUCAGGUCUCCCUGUCUCUGCGGGAGGAUUAGAUCCGUCUCCAGGCAUCUCCUCGCCCGUCCGUCCGCUCGAGCGCCUGUCGCGCAACCUCGAGGAGGACGAGGACAACUUCUCGCUGCAGCAGUUUGCUCCGGGCGAGCACGGCGUAACCUACGUCCCCUUCCAGAGUCCCACUCCAAACAGCCUUUUCCUAGGCGAGAACAAUAACGUCUUCCAGUCCACCGCUCGCUCAAGUCCCAACAACAAUAGCAGCAGCGCCUAUCCCUACGACCAGAACGGUUUGCCCUCUCCCCUUCGCCUGGGUUCCAACUCCAAGGCUCGGCGACCCGCGCACAUUCCACUGCCCACGGUGCCCAUGCACAGCUGCCUGGAGAUGCAGGAUGACGAGGACGCCGAUGGCGAGUCCGAGUUGGAUCUCGAUCAGAUGCUGACGCCCCCGCCUCCGCCAGUCGUUCGGCCACCCCCCCACAUCCACCAGCGCUUGGGCCAGGCGCCCUAUCUCGAUCUCUCGCCGGAAGUGGCUGAGCGCUAUGCGAUGCCCGGUCCACCCCUUCAGGGGCCCCUGCCCGUCCCUCAUGGUUCGCCCAUGGUGCGUCGCAGUAAUCGCCGGCCUAGGCCACCGAUUCCCGUGAACUUCUGCGACCAGAUUCGCGCUCCUCCCCCGGGAUACGCGGUGGUGCGCGCCCAGAGCGACGAUCGCCUGGUGGAGCAGGCGGAGGCUGAGGCUGCUCCGCACGUUAACCGGCGGAGUGGUCGCAGUGCCAACGGCCAAAAGUCCCGUCCCCGCUCCUUCUGCAACUCGAUAGUGGGCGUGCAGGCCUAGAUUUAAGUACGUCCCGCUGCACUUGCUCUCU